GGGCGGAAGGGUAAAAAGAACAGAGGUUCGAAACAGCGUAGUUGAGAGAGUAGAUAAAAUGACGGCGGUGAUGAAGAAGGCGGAGGAGCUGGUGAAUAAGGCGAUGAAAGGAAACGAUGCUUCUCAUGACGCCUGGCACGUGUGGAGGGUCCGAGACCUUGCUCUCUCCCUUGCUCGCGAGGAAGGUCUCUCUUCCAACUCCGACUCCAUGGAAAUUGUGGAGUUAGCUGCUCUUCUCCAUGAUAUAGGUGAUUACAAGUACAUAAGAGACCCUUCAGAAGCAAAAAUUGUUGAGAAUUUCCUGGAUGAGGAAGGUAUAGAAGAGACCAAGAAGAUGAAGAUACUAAAGAUCAUCAAUGGAAUGGGUUUCAAAGACGAACUAGCUGGGGCAGCACUCUGCGAAUCUCUUCCAGAAUUUGGGGUAGUUCAAGACGCUGAUCGCCUUGAUGCAAUUGGUGCCAUAGGAAUUGCUCGUUGUUUUACAUUUGGUGGAAGCAGGGACAGAGUGCUUCAUGAUCCUGAAAUCAAGCCCCGGACAGAGCUAACCAGAGAGCAGUACAUUAAGAAAGAGGAGCAAACGACCAUUAAUCACUUUCAUGAAAAACUCCUCAAGCUAAAGAAGCUGAUGAAAACCGAGGCGGGUAGAAGGAGGGCAGAGAAAAGGCACAAGUUCAUGCAAGAGUUUCUUCAGGAGUUCUAUCAAGAGUGGGAUGGCUCUGCUUGAAUAGUUAAGAAUGAUGCAUGAAGAAGAAAAGCAGUGGAAUAUGUGACAUAUCAUAUGUCAACCGGUUACUUAUUAUUAACUGGAUUUAAAUGAGUAAGCUGUCUACCCGACAAGAACCGACCGAUCUGUGGUUUACAUUCCUCGUCAUAAUUUUACAUUGUUAAAAACGCUUUUGUUUUUUUUAUAAUCAAAUAUUUUUAAUAAA